AUGUAUCGAUAUACUUUUUACAUAUAUUUAUUAAUUCCGUUUUUAAAUGGAUGUCUUUCAUCUCAAAAUCUACUGCACGGUCCUUAUCAUCCACCGCCUAUUUAUGAAGUUUGCCCAAGUUCAAUAUAUUGCAAAGGCGAUCUUUUAAAAGCUGUCCAAAUUUCGAAAGUGUUUGGAUCACCUAAAACAUUUGUGGAUAUGCAAAUGAAACGAAAAGAAGUAGACAUACUCAAUGAUUUUAGAACAUUGAAUAACCAAUUUAAUGGAACUAUUCCAGUAAGAGAUCUAAGGAACUUUGUUAUUGCUAAUUUCAGAGUUUAUAAUAUUAUUAACUGGUCACCACCAGAUUUCAAAAAUCAUCCCCGAAUCAUUGAUUAUGUAAAAGAUAGCAACUAUAAAGAAUUUUUGUCGGGAAUAAACCAGAUUUGGAAGAAAUUAGGAAAAAAAAUACCAGAUCGUGUAAGAACUAAAAGUGGUCGUUUUUCACUGAUAUAUGUACCUAACGGAUACUUUGUGAACGAGGAAUAUCAAAGUGAAUUUAAUUAUUGGGACACAUAUUGGAUAAUAAAAGGUGCAUUAAUAUGUGGAAUGAAAACUACAGUAAAAGGGAUUUUAAAUAAUUUUCUUCACAUGAUUAAGAACUAUGGAUAUGUGUUAUUAGGAAACAGAAUAUAUUAUGAAGGAAGAUCACAACCACCGCUUCUUAUUACAAUGAUGUCUAUGUAUUAUACAUUUACUAAAGACGAAAAAUUCAUAACUGAUAAUGUUGAUCUCCUAGAUGCGGAAAUGAUGUUCUGGUUAUCCUUCAGGACCGUUAAAGUGAAAAGUAUGGGUAAUAUAUAUAUCAUGGCUCAUUAUAUGAGCGACACAUAUGAUCCUCGUCCUGAGAUGUAUAAUGCUGAUGUAAGCAUAUCCAAAAAAUUGCCUACUCUUCGAGAUCAAGACGAAUAUUUAUGUAGAGUAAAAGCUGCCUCGGAAUCUGGCUGGGGAUUUUCAAGCAAACAUUUCCACAAUCGAAAUACUUAUAAGGAUUCUAGAAAGACAUUACUGAAAAUAAAUCCUCUGAAUUUUGCAUAUGUUGAAUUGAACUCUAUAAUGCAAUUAAAUGCAAAUAUCCUGUCAAAUAUGUUUCUCAUGGCUAAUGAUCAUACGAACUCUAAGUUUUAUAAGGACCUUGCUCGUCGUUUUCAAAUUGGAAUAAACGCAUUAUUAUGGAACGAAGAUGAAAAAAUGUGGUUAGAUUUUGACACAACGACAGCAGAAAGUCGCAAUUAUUUUUAUGCGUCCAACUUAGCACCUUUGUGGACUGGAAGUUAUGACGAUAAACUAAGUGAAUUUUACGGCGAUUCAGCAGUGGAGUAUCUAAUAAGAAACAAUAUUAUAAAUGAAGAUUUGACACCACGUUACAUAUGUGUACCAACAUCAUUGUACAACACUUAUUUAGACUGGGACUAUCACAACUGUUGGCCACAAUUACAAUCAAUGAUAAUUUUUGGAUUACAAUCAACUAGAAGUGAAAAAGCACAAAAAGUAGCACUGAAUUUAGCCAGUUCAUGGGUGAAUACAAAUUUUGUGGGAUAUAAUAGGACAAAGAAUUUGUUCAAAAAGUAUAAUGCAAUUAAAUUGGGCAGUGACGGCAACGAUGGGCGUUCUUUCUUCUAUCCAAAAGGAUACGGAGUAACGAUCGGGGUACUAUUUGAGAUUUUUCAUGAAUGGGGAGAUAAACUGAAGAGUAUGUAAACAGUAAUACUUAGGUAAAUAAACUAAAUACACUUACUAUUAUUAUGUAUUAACAAGUUAAGCGUUUUUUUGUUUUACGAUUUUUUUUUUUUUGUUU